GACCAACCCGCAGAGACCUUCGGCUUCGCCGCCGACAUUUCUCAACUGCUUGACCUGAUCAUCAACACCUUCUACAGCAACAAGGAGAUUUUGUGAGUAGCCUUUCCCAGCUCUUGCCCGGAGCUGUUGCUAGCAUCGCAAGGCACAUGAUUCUGACUGUAUGCAUCCCUUUCCCUUGUCUCCUUUCCAGCCUGCGAGAACUCAUCUCCAACGCCUCCGAUGCUCUUGACAAGGUCCGCUACUCUGCUCUCACCGACCCCUCGGUGCUAGAGACCGAAAAGGACCUUUACAUCCGAAUCACCCCCGACAAGGAGAACAAGAUCCUCUCAAUCCGCGACACUGGUAUCGGUAUGACCAAGGCUGACCUGGUCAACAACAUCGGUACCAUCGCCAAGUCCGGCACCAAGGGAUUCAUGGAGGCUCUCUCUUCCGGAGCUGACAUCUCCAUGAUCGGACAGUUCGGUGUCGGUUUCUACUCUGCCUACCUCGUCGCUGACAAGGUGCAGAUCAUCACCAAGAACAACGACGACGAGCAGUACAUCUGGGAGUCGGCCGCCGGCGGUACCUUCACCAUCAGCCCCGACAACGGUCCUUCUCUCGGACGAGGAACCGAGCUGCGUCUGCACCUCAAGGAGGACCAGACCGAGUACCUCGAGGAGAAGAAGAUCAAGGACAUUGUCAAGAAGCACUCUGAGUUCAUCUCUUACCCCAUCCAGCUCGUGACCACCAAGGAGGUCGAGAAGGAAGUCGAGGAGGAGGAGGAGGCCAAGGACGACAAGAUCGAGGAGGUUGAGGACGAGGACGCUUCAAAGAAGAAGGAGAAGAAGAAGGUCAAGGAGAUGCAGACCUCCAACGAGGAGCUCAACAAGACUAAGCCUCUUUGGACUCGCGCUCCUCAGGACAUCAACAACGAGGAGUACGGUGCCUUCUACAAGUCGCUGACAAACGACUGGGAGGACCACCUAGCCGUCAAGCACUUCAGCGUUGAGGGUCAGCUCGAAUUCAAGGCUCUCCUGUUCAUUCCCAAGCGUGCCCCCUUCGAUCUCUUCGAGACCAAGAAGAAGCGCAACAACAUCAAGCUGUACGUCCGACGUGUCUUCAUCAUGGACGACUGCGAGGACAUCAUCCCCGAGUACCUCAACUUCGUCAAGGGUGUCGUCGACUCAGAGGACCUGCCCCUGAACAUCUCGCGUGAGACUCUGCAGCAGAACAAGAUUCUCAAGGUCAUCCGCAAGAACGUCGUUAAGCGAACCAUGGAGAUGAUCUCUGAGAUCGCAGAGGACAAGGAGCAGUACGUCAAGUUCUGGGAGGCCUUUGGCAAGAACAUCAAGCUCGGUGUGCACGAGGACUCGACCCACAGGAACAAGCUCGCCGAGUUCCUGCGCUUCCCCUCGACCAAGAGCGGAGAUGAGCUGACCAGCCUGAAGGACUACAUCACCAGGAUGCCCGAGGUUCAGAAGUCCAUCUACUACCUCACCGCUGAGUCGCUCGUUGCUGCCAAGACCUCUCCCUUCAUCGAGAGGCUGAAGGCGAAGGGAUACGAGGUGCUGCUGAUGUGCGAGCCCAUCGACGAGUACUGUGUCACCAACCUGAAGGAGUUCGAGGGCAAGAAGCUGGUCUCGGUGUCCAAGGAGGGACUUGAGCUCGAGGAGACCGAGGAGGAGAAGAAGGCCGCUGAGGAGCAGGCCAAGUCUCUCGAGGGUCUCUGCAGCACUGUCAAGGAGAUUCUCGGCGACAAGGUCGAGAAGGUCGUCGUCUCGAAGCGUAUCGUUGGCUCUCCCUGUGUGCUGGUCACUGGCCAAUUCGGCUGGAGUGCUCAGAUGGAGAGGGUGAUGAAGGCCCAGGCCCUGCGUGACUCUUCGAUGAGCAGCUACAUGGCCUCGAAGAAGACCAUGGAGAUCAACCCCAGCAACGCCAUUAUCAAGGAGCUCGCAGCAAAGGUCGCCCAGGAUGCCCAGGACCCUACCGUCAAGGACCUCACCAACCUUCUCUACGAGACUUCGCUGCUUACCUCUGGCUUCUCGCUGGAUGAGCCGCAGACAUUCGCUUCUAGGCUGUACAAGCUGAUCAGCCUCGGACUGAGCAUCGACGACACUUCUGAUGCUCUGGACAGCGUGGAGGACUCGACCAAGGCAGAGGAGGUCACCGGCGAGUCGGCCAUGGAGUCCAUCGACUAA